AUGGUAAAUCAGGACGCGUUCUGGGUGCAGACAGAAGACUGGCACACAGCCGGCGAGCCCUUCCGUAUCGUCUCGGACCUGCCACCUCAUUGCACAACUACUGGAACAACAGUAUGGGAUCGCCGCCUCAACAUUGUUAAUCAACCAGACCAUCCGCUGGAUCUGUUGCGCCAGUCUCUUUGUCACGAGCCAAGGGGCCAUGCUGAUAUGUAUGGAGGCUUCAUUGUCCCGCCAAAUGACUCUGGUGCCCACUUUGGUGUUUUGUUCUGGCAUCGAGAUGGCUUCUCCACCGCUUGUGGUCACGGCACAAUUGCUCUAGGCCGAUACGCCGUGGCUAAAGGUCUUGUAGACUCUGUUCAAGAUGGCACAGUCAAAGUCGUCAUCGACGUACCAUCUGGCAGAGUAGCAGCAGAAGUCAAUUUAGAGGCUGGCAAAGUGGCUCAUGUCGAUUUCGUCAAUGUGCUCAGCUACCAAUACGCCAAAGACUUAUCUCUGACUAUACGCAAGGCCAACUCGGAAGAACUACAAAUCGCUGUGGAUCUAUCUUGGGGUGGAGCUGGGUGUGCAUCUGUUGAUGCUCGUCAAGUCGGUCUGGCUAUAGACCCUGCCAACGCCCGGCAAUUCAUCGACAUGGCUCGUUUGAUCAAGGCUGAGAUUGGAACACGAGGCGAUCACGCAGGCACUACUCUCUACACUGUCUCUUUCUUCGAGACACUCAGCGAUAAUGAAGAGACUAUCGAGCAGAAGAAUGUUGUCGUCUAUGCGGAAGGCGCUAUCGAUCGAUCACCUUGUGGUAGUGGAACCAGUGCUCGAGUAGCAGUUUUACUGGCACAGGGGAAGUUGCAUGGAAAAAAGAAGCUUAUCCACCACUCCAUUAUCGGUACCACUUUCGAAGCCAGUAUCGUGUCGUUGCAGCAGGACGAGGGCUCAGAGUAUCCGAGUUGCAUACCCAAAGUCAGGGGCAAUGCUUUCCUCACUGGUCGCCAUAGCUUCUUCAUCGAUCCGAAUGAUCCGACCUACCCUGGUUUCUUCUUCGAGUAG